AUGAACGCGUUCUACUCUUCCAUGGCGCACGGGCUGGACGCGCUGCAGCGCAGCCCGCACGCGUGCCUAUCGGCGGCCUUCCUGCAGCAGGCGGCGGCGCUGCUGCGGUCGCUGCACUCGCAGCUACUCCACCUGGUGCAGCGCCUCCACCUGCCGCCGGGGGAGAGCUGGCUGGACGAGUACAUGGACGAGACCUCCCGCCUGUGGGACGCCUGCCAGCUCGCCCGCGCGGGAGCCGCGGGGCUCGACGCCUACUGCGCCGCCGCUGCACGCGUCGCCCCCGCGCUCCGCGACUGGCUCUACGGCUCCAGCGGCUCCGGCGGCUCCCACUCCCACGCCGCGGCCGUGCGCCACCUCCAGCGCGCCAUCACCGCGCCCAGGCGCCACGCCGUCGCGCUCCACCAGGAUAACCGCGCGCUCGCCGACGCCAGGCUCGACCCGGCCUCGCUCCUGCUUGACGACCGCUCCCCGCUCGAGUUCAAGCUCAACGCCUUCAACGGCUUCCGCGGCGUCCUCUACGCGCUGCGCAACGCCACCUCCUUCCUCCUCGUCCUCCUCGUCUCCGGCACCGUCACCUGCCUCCCCGACCUCACCGCCGGCUGCUCUUCCGUCACCCACCACCAGCUCCGCGCCUCGGGUGGUGGCUACGUUGCCUCCGUCGCCCGCCUGCGACAGCGCGUCGCCCAGGAGAUGGAAGGAUGCAUCAUCGGCGGCGGGAUCAUGAUGUACGAGUUCCGCCAAGCCAGGGCUGCCAUUGACGGCCUCAAGCAGGACUUCGACAGGGUCGUUGCCAUGGGCGGCUACCGCGACGACAUCAGCGACAGCCUCGGUCAGAGAGCCGAGAUCAUCAGUGGCUGGGUUGGGAUGCUGCGAUCAGGAGCCGAGGCCGUCAUCGCUGAGCUCGAUGACUUCUUCGACGAAAUCGUCGAGGGCAGGAAGAUGCUCUCCGACCUCUGCUGCCAUCGCUAG